GCGGUAGGGGCGGCGGGCGGAAGAGCCGAGGCUCCGGCGGCGGGGAUGGCGCAGGCGGAGGCGGAGGUCGGGGCGCGCGCCCAAGCGCUCGAGGCCCUGGCCGCGCUGGGGGACAUCCUGGAGCCCAUGGGCCGGCAAGAGGAGGCAGAGCUGCCAGCCCAGAUCCUGGCGGAGUUCGUGAUGGACUCCCGGAAGAAGGACAAGCUGCUCUGCAGUCAGCUUCAGGUAGUAGACUUCCUGCAGAAUUUCCUGGCUCAGGAGGACAUCGUCCAGGGACUAGACCCCUUGGCUUCUGAAGACACCAGCCGGCAGAAGGCACUUGCAGUCAAGGAGCAAUGGAAAGAGCUGAAGGCCACUUACCAGGAGCACGUGGAAGCCAUCACAGGUGCCCUGACCCAGGCCCAGGCCAAGACGGAGGAGGCGCAGAGCAAGCGGAUGCAGCUCCAGGAAGCCCUGGAACAGCUCCAGGCCAAGAAGCAAGUGGCCAUGGAGAGAGCGAGAACAGCCCAGAAGCAGUGGCAGCUGCAACAGGAGAAGCAUCUGCAGCAUCUGGCAGAGGCUUCAGCGGAGGUGAGACAGCGGCAGAGAGGAGCUCAGCAAGAGCUUGAGCGGCUGCGUCAGGAACUCGAAGCCUUACAACAGCAGGCCGGGCAGAAGCGGGACAGGCUUCAGAGGCACCAGACCUUCCUCCAGCUGCUGCACAUACUGCAGGGUGAGCCGCUGCUCCCCGGGGCAGAGACGGAACGGCCUCGAGAGCUGGGUGUUCCUGAGGCUAAACCCCAGGAGCAGAACACUGGGGAUGCUGUGGGGAAAGACAGGAGUGUGCCAUCCCAGGCCAAUGGCCUGCAGCCUGCCCGAGGGACAAGCUCACGUUGGUUUCCUGAGGGACAGCAACAUGGGAAAAGAACGUAGAGCAGGCUGGACGUGGCUGUUCCGUGGGGGCCACCUUCAUCCCUGGAUGGGCCCCGGCCCCAGGUCUGAUGGACACCAGCACCACCUGGCAGCUCCCCAUUCAUCCUUUGCUUGUACGACUCCUACAACCUUUUCAGUUUCAACCUUUCUUUAUCCUAUGUUUGUCACUUUUAGUCUAUAUUUAAACAUCUAGUUUCAUAAUUUUUGUCCCUAAGAUUUCGUAUUUGUGUCCAUUUUUACUUUCUCUCUUGUGUUUUAUAAAUUCUUUUUUUGCCUUUGGUUUUAUUUUUUUAUCAUUUUGUUCAUUCCUUUUAUCGUUUUUCUUCUGAAAUUCUUCACUGAUGAUUAUUCCCGCUUAGAUUUGGUAGUCAAUAAAGUCUAGAGUUAAGUUAAGUGGUCUCCAUCUCCCUAAACAGGUAUGGAAGCUUAGAUGACUCGACCAUUGACGAUACCCUGAACUAAUGAGGUAUUUCUGUGCAGUGUAUUCCUUCUAGCUUAUUCUGUUCUCGCAGUCGGACUUCCUGUUCUGUACGUUGUUUUGUGCACAUUCACUCGUUUACUUUGGUUUGUUUUGCCCACUUGAUUUUUAUACAUACGUCAGGGCUCUCCUCUGGGCAUUCAUUUGUUCGUUCGUUCAUUCAUUCAUUCAUUCUGCUUGCAGUUUGUUGGGCUUGCUGUUCCUAUUCUUUUGAAGAAGAAAAAAGGAAAUCGUAUUUGAUUAAAAGUUUGGUUGCUAUCAUGAGAUUUUCUGUUUUACUCCUUCCACACAUCUCUACCCCAUCUCAGGAAUUUUCAGAAACUAAUUCGUUAAUUAAUUCUAACUCUGUUGGAGCGGUGGUGGCGGCGGUCUGCAGAAGUGGGUAGUGAAACAAAUGUGACAUUUAUAACAAGGAAGGGCUGGUAGGGAUUCAGUAAUUCUGAUAAUCAUUAUUAAAUGUCCUAUACCUCUUGUCUAGGAGAACAGCUAAAGCUGUGGGGUUCCAUGUGCCUCAGGAAACAGUUUUGUUUUCUAUCUAAGUAAUGAAAUUAGUUUUGUUUGCUCUUGGAUACUAUCCACGGUGUUACUGGUGUGAGUCACAGCACCUGCCGUCGAGCAGUCACGUUGCCGAGCUGUAUGGAGGACAGUCUGGCAGAUGGUAGUGAGAAUCUCCUUACAGGGUUUGCAAUUUCUGGCAAAUAUCUUGACUUGUUUGUUCUUCUGAAAUUGUGUGUGUGUGUGUGUGUAUGUGCAUGUGUGUGCACAUACCCAGUCAUAUUCAUGCAAGAUGUGUUCCUUUAUAUUUUGAGACUAAGUUGAUAAUUACAUGUAUAUUCAGAAUUUUACUGACUCGAUAUUUUUUUUCUAUUAGUAUUUGUUGAUGAUGGACUUAAACUUUUCUAAGCACCUAUAUGUCAGUUACUCUUCCAUUUUUUUAAUAAGAAUAUUUUUGACAUGUAACAUUGAGUAAAUUUAGUAUGUAAAACAUCGUAAUUUGAUAGUAUAUAUCUUAUACAGUGAUUGCCAUUGUGGUGUAGAGGUCCAUAGUGAGCACCUCUAUUUAUUUAUCAUUUCUUUUAGUGGUUGGGAUAAUUCUAGUCUCAGCAAGUUUGAGGAGGAUCUUACAAGACCGUCUCUGUUCAUUACGCUGCACAAUAGAUCUUUAGGCCCUAUUUACUUCUCAGUGCAAGUGUGUCCCUUAUGCAGUGUCAGUCCUAUUUCUCACCCCCUCUUCACUGGGUAAUCAUGAAUUCUGUUCUGUUUUCAGGAGUCUGGCUAUUUUAGAUUCCACAUGCAAGUAUCUCAUCCAUUACUUGCCUUUCUGUAACCUACCUCACAGUAUAAUUACUCAAGGUCUAUCCAUGUUGUCUCAAAUGGCAAGAUUUCCCUCAUGUGGCUGGAUAACAUGGAUAAUAUUAAAUCUAAUAUAAAUGCAAGGAUGAACAUCUAGGUUGUUUCUGUAUCUCGUCUAUUAUGAAUAAUGCUGCAGUAAACAUGGGAGUUCAGAUAUGUCUUUCAAAAAUUGUUUUCAUUUCCUUUGGGUGUAUACAUAGAAAUGGAGUUGCCAGGUCAUGUGGAAGAUAUGUUUUUAAUUUUUGAGGAACGUCUGUAUUCUACAUAUUGGCUGAACCAAUACACAUUCCCACCAACGGUUAGAAAGGGUCCCCUUUUCUCCACAUCCAUACGUGUUGUGUCUUCUUGAUACGAGCCCAUCUAACAGGUGUGAGGUGAUA